GCGCCGCGGCCAUGGAUGAGCCCCAGCAGAACCCCGACGGGCGGCCCCGCAAAGUGCGGUUCCGAAUCUCGUCGGCGUGCAGCGGCCGCGUGCUGAAGCAGGUCUACGAGGACGGGCAGGCGUUGGAGCCGCCGGCCGUGGAGCAGUCCCGGCGGCUGCGGCACAGCUUUGAGCCCGGGGUGCCGCCCGACGGCCCCGCGCUGGGACUGCCGCAGAGCAGCGGCUGCGGGGAGGAGGGGCGCGGCCCCGGCUGCCCCCCCGCUGGCAGUGGGCUCUACGGGGCUUCCCCGGUUAUCGACUUUGGUCAGAUCAUCAUCUACACCAACAACCUGAAAAUCAUCCGUGCGCCAAUGGACCAAAGGGAGCUCAUGAGAAGGAUCAUUCAGACAGAAGGGGUGAGCGACUGGGCCUUUGUGUACCGGGAAAGGAGAGAAAGAACUCGUGCUGGACAUAAGAAGGAUGUGGAAAAGAAGGCUGUCUGCAACCAAAACAUGCAGGAAAGAGGUGCUGAGCACACUUGCUCCCAGUGUAAAGGAUCAGGCUGUGCUCCUUGCUCGCUGUGCCAUGGCAGCAAGUUUUCAAUGCUGGCAAACAGAUUCAAGGAGUCCUACAGGGCUCUGCGGUGCCCGGCCUGCAAUGAGAGCGGUGUGCAGCCCUGCCAGGUCUGCGCUGCGUGACAGAGCUGCACCGCACCCAGCUCUGCUGGCAGCUCUGCAUUACUUCACCUCAAGCAGCUCUGCUAUAAUGGGAACUUCUUAAAGAUGGAAGAAGUACAUUAUGUGAGUUCAGCAUAAAUACGAACACAGCGCCUCUGCUCCACAUUGUUCCUCUUGUCUGUUGCACACACUUGCUCAAUCAGAGCCCUGUUCUGCAAACGCACUGCGUGCAGCCCCAUGGGGUGAGCACAGCCACGUGAUGUGAUCUGCACCUGGGGGCUGAGACCCUGCAGGACUGCACCUGGCACCGGGGGCUCAGCGUGGGGCAAUGCCUGCAGCACUGCUAUGGCAGCAGAAGGCAGCAGCAGUGGGCACAGCUGGGGCUGUAACACACAGGGUGGGGGUCUGCACGACAGCAGCACAGAGCGGUGCCUUCUCUGGGCUUUAAUUGUUGAACACGUUAACAUCACACCAUCUUUGUAACUACCUCUGAACUCACGGUGUCACGAGCCUUUCCUGAAGAUUUUGCCGAUUCUUACACCUGUUUUAAUGGACACAACGAUUCUUUUGGGGUUUGGUUUAUGGGGGAAAUGGAAAACCUCUCCCAAAUCAGGAGCUAUAAAAGUGUACAGCAAUUUAUUCUUAGGGCUAGAAACGAAUAAGCUUUUAGGCUGCUUAGGAGGAAGUGCUGAACUGAAAUUCCCCUCUCUGCUGCUCAGCACUUUUCUGGAUGGGGCUGGCAGCGAGCAGGACUCCAGUUGCCCAAUAUUAAUCCCAUGAUGUAAUCUGCAGAAGGUAAACUCUAAUUAGUUAAGGUGGAGCGGUGAUGCUGAGUUCUUUGCAGGCUGCCCCUGGUGGUGCAGAAUGCACGGGAUUCGGGAGGUGGGAGCAAACGGGGGAAACGCGUUGGUUUUUUUUUCCCCGAAGCCUUAAAUCAUUGCGCUGCAUAUUCAUGAGUAAUGCUAAGGCUGCAUUAACUUGCACAUUAGCGGUGAGACUGAUGAGCUCAGCCCUGCCCACCUGCGCUGUGCUGAGGCUGCAGGCCCGGCUCACUGCCAGCUUUCUGUCUGGUGAUGGCUGCGAGGUUUCUCCAAACAGCUUCAGUGGCUGGAAACCCUCGUGGCGCUCGGAGUUCCACUGAUCCACCGCUGGAUUUUCUCGUCGGGUACUGAUGGUUUAAUUUUCAAACAAAGCGCAUAAAAAAUACAGCUGAUACUCGGUCUGCUCCAUUUAUCGCAUUGGGAUCUGCAGUGUGAAUACCCGCAGCCCGUCGGGUCUUACUGAGGGCAGAGGAACCCGCGCGGCUCCGGGAGCGACCGGAGCGCUCUGCCCCGCAGCGGCCGUUUGAUCCCCGCGGGCCGGCAUCAAAGCUCUGCGGUGAGAACAAAGCGCCCGGGCGGAGCUGUUGCCUGAUACUUCAACGAGUACAGCAGAGCUGAUGCAAGCACUCAUUGCUAAGGUCACUGCUGCCUGCUCAAGGAUUGCGCUGCUCUCGGCCGCCGUCCCCCCCGGCUGUGGGUGGCAGAUAAGGGCGGGGAUGUGGGGCUGCUGGGUGGGACACAGAGCCGAAUUCCUCGCAAAGGGUCCCUGCAGUGCCGUUAUGGUCUCUGACGAGAACCGAGACGAACUCUGUGUGAAGCUCCUGCCUGAGAAAAAUCCGAAUUUCCUCACGGGCUGAAGUGCCACAACUUUGGUACAUGUGCUGAGCCUGGAGUGCUUUAGUAAUCAUCUGUUCCUCUUAAUCAUCUACAGCUGUUCUUUUAUUACCUUAGAAGAGGGCUGUGGCAAAGAUGCAUUUAAGGUCUUCUUUCUCUCUGUUUGUCUGUCUUUCUUUCCAAAAAAGCAAACUAUUGCCUUUGUGCUGCUGUGGGAAUCCUGGGCUGUAUCUCCCCGCUCGGGCAUCGCACCCGCUGACAGCCCGGCUUACACUGCCACGCUAUGGCUGCCUGUGGAUGUGCUCUGAAACAGGACGGGAAACCUUUGAGCAAACUUGGGAGACACGCAGGGGUUGUCCUUCGCUGAUUCUCUCGAGUGCUCGGCAGCAGGAGGUCAGGGGAGAAGCAGGGCUGCUUUAUUUCGUUGUGGAACAUAUGAGCCGGCAUAGAAAUGCAAAUAGAAAUCGUAUUCAGUGUUAAAUUUCUAUAGGACUUAAGAAGGGCAGUUGGAGGUGAGCAGCGAGGCUAAUUAUGACAGCCAGAGGCGCAGAGCAGAAAGGUUAAAAGAAUCCUCAUUUCUAUGUGCCAGCAAAGUGCAUCACUCGCUUUUAACCAGAAACUCUGUGUGAUUGAACGGAGGAUUGCCAUAGUUACUCACAAAUCCCACAGUUAAACUGCUUCCAGUGCUCCUGCCCUUGUUCUUCCUGCCGGGGUUCUGCAAGUGGAACCACGGAGUGCUGCAGGGAGGCACGGCUGUUCUCAGAGCCCACAGCCAGGGCAGGUGGUUCCUGGGCGGGCUGCGUCCAUCCCCUCCUGCCCACACGCACCCCUCGCACUGCAGCGUUUGUGCCUCUGCUGCUGGAAUACUGUUUUAAAUUCCCAUUUAUUCCCAACCACACAACACAGUCGUAACGUGAAGGAACCUGGAACUGUUCCGCUGAUUCUGCAGUGUCACCACUUCAUUUCCUUGGAGCUGAAAAAGAAAGAAUUGGGAUAUUUAUGCAUUUAAACGUUAUUAUAUUUUGCAAGUCUUUGAAGCUGUCAGUUUGAUUUAUGUGGGCUCCAUUUGAUUUUGCUGUAAAACCAGCCCUUCUCUGCUUCAAAAUAUUUCAUUUUUAUACAAAUCAUUACGUGUAACCUGCAGUGAGUUCUUUCUGCUGCUGAACGCAGCACUGCUGUUAAAGGCCUGCUAUUUCCCCCAAGUAACUUCCAAGAAGCAUCGCUGUGGAUGAAAACUGCUGUUCUGAUGAAUGGUAGCGCGUGCUCCCAUUAGGAGAGGCAUGAGGGGUCUUAAUUCCCUGGAUUCAGCAUAAUGAGUAAUGGAAUCAAUUCUGUUUGUUGUUUCUUGUGGAAAACAAUCGAUACAUUUGCAGGAAGAGCGAAUGAGAACAGAGAUGACUGAUUUUAAUUGUCUGUUUUUGCAAGUGGAGGAUGGGACGCUCCGGUUCCGGUGAGCGGUGGCUGCAGCGGGACGGGCUGC